CAAUUGAAUUUAAUUUGAUAAAAAAAAAGGUAAAAUCGAAUUUUUGACUGAAGCGAGAAAACUUAGAUUUGUGUUUUAACUGAAAAGCAUAGAAAAUAUGGGUGAAUAACUGAAAUAUAAAAAGGAUUUUAACAAAGUUUCGUCUUAGCAAUGAAAAAAGAUCUUAUAGGUACCUAAACAAUUUUCAGAAAAAGUUUAAUAGAAUAAAAAAUGUAAUAUCGACCUAACUAAUGCAAUUGGCUUAGAUAUAAUAUUGGAGAACUCUGUCAUAAAUUGAGUGGACUCGGAAAUCUUUGCAUCAAAUAUGAAAAAGAGCUCAGAGACGAUUUUGAUGCCAUAAAUUAGAACAAUAUAGUCCAUCAUUUUAUGGAGAACACGGCGCAACGCUCUUUGCUAUUGAGUGCCUACAGCAAGUUAGAUGAUUUUGAAAAGAACUGAAAAAUAAGCGGGAACAUGUUGCAGCGUACAAAGUCGGCGCGAAAUCGGAAGAUUAGUGGAAGGUGCAGUGAUGGCGACUCUUCGGCGAAUGAGGCUCCCGUAUUUGCAUCUGUGCAUCGACCACGCCACAAUGUUGGCGCAAGUUCAGCCGCAAGACGUGAUGGCCAGCCCAAAGGACAUGGAGCCGCAACAUCAACAGCUGGUGGUGGUCAUCAACAGCGCCAAAGCUAUCAUCAGUAUCAGCAACAACGUAAAUUACAACAACAGCUGCAACAACAACACUACCAGCAGCAGCAACAGCAAUCAAUCGGCAAUGAGAAUUCGAGUGCCGCACAAAAAUUAGCCAAAACGAGUCGCAAUUGGAACGAGCAACAACAACAGCAGCAACAAAUACUACGGCAACAGGCACAGGCACUGGCAAAGUAUCAGCAACAGCAGCCACACACGAAUACUGGCGACACUGCAGCGAAGCAAUCAAUUGCGGUGGUGGGAAUGCCGCAAUCAUUGGUGGCUGGUGGCCAUGCUGCUGGACAUGGCAGGCCGGCAAUGCAACAAAUCGAUACGAAUGGUGGGCUACAACGCGAUUUGUCGCCAGCUAAGACGAGUCGUAUACCACAGCAGCAGCAACAGCAACAACAAACAAAUUUUAAUCAAAUAUCGAAAACCGCUACAAAUCUAUUGAACGACAUUUACGAGCGUCAUUUGCUAAGUCAGACGACAUUUCAAGUGGACGGUAUACUGGAGAGGCAACAGCAACAGCAACAGCAGCUACCACAACAACAGCAACAGCAGCAGCGACCGAACUGGCAACAAAAGCAGCAACUGCAGCAGCAGCGUUUCCUAGCAGCGCGUCAGGUGGGCCAAGAAGUAGAGCUCAAUUUCGCCAGCUCUUCGAGUCAGCAACAACGUAGUCAGCCGCAACAAAAUCAAUCUCAGCAGCGUACACAGCAAUCGCCACGCCACUUUCUCUCUGCUGCCAACAGUCAACAGCAGCAGCCAUUUGACUCCUCACACGAAGAUGUUGACAGAUUGUCGUCGUCGGCGGCAACUUUUGUGCCCAUACAUGGUGGGCCCAACCAGCAGCAUGUUGCACAAAAGCCAGUACACUUUUUGAAGUUGCCGCCACCACCACCACCGCCGCCGCCUGCGCCAACAACCAACCAACCUGGUGUCAAGCAGGAAUCCAUACAUUCCACAGAGUUGGGAAGCUACUCAUCCUAUCAGCAACAUUUCCAAUUCUCCGAUGCCUAUGUAGAGCCAGUGGAUAGUCGGCAACAUUUUCUGCUGCAGAGCGAUGCAGCUGCGAAUCCACCACCACCGCCUGCGCCACUCAAUCACGUCUAUGAGACAAUUAAGGAGCGGCCACCGUUGCCGCCACCUAAAAAUCUUAGAAAAUCUGGUGCAGAAGAUGUGGCGCCCCCAUUGCCACCCUCGAGACAGUUGAAAAAGCGUUUGCUCGCCGCAAAAGUGGGUGGUAAUAAGCGAGCAGCUGCGGCAGCAACGAAUAAUAGUCACGGCAAACUGGACGCUGGUCAGUUGGGUGGCAAGCUCAAUAGCAAGCUGCUGCCUAUGCAACCGCCAGCAUAUGUGGCGCCACCAGCUGCGGCUACAAAGCAAGUAAUCCAACAGCAGCAACAACAACAACAGCAGCAGCAUCAAUAUAACCCGCAACAGCGCACCAAAGCCGAUGGCGAGCAACGUCCUUACCUGUAUCAGCAGUUGCGCGAACGACAGCAGCAACAACAACAACAACAACAACAACAACAACAACAACAACAGCAGCAGUUGCACCCGGCUAAGGCAGUUGCACAGCGUCAACUUUUGGAGCCGCACCAGUCACAACAACAACAACACCAGCAAUCCCAUUCAGAACACACACAAGCGCGCGAGCAUCCUUUGGGCGCGCAUGCCGACCAGCACGGUGCACAACAACAACAACAGCAACAACAAAAGACUCAGAAGUCUGCUGGAAUUAUGAUAACCCAACCCGCAGUGGCAUUAACCACCACAAAGGCAACGAUACAUGCCACAGCAGCCACAGCAUCCACACAGGUGUUGUCCUCUUCUGCGACUUCCAAUUCCCAGCCCACCACUUGCGGCAUCUCCGCCAUUGAUGUGUCUGAUAGCUCUGUGGAAUUGUUGUUACAACAAGCCGGCUUACUGCAAUCGUCGCAUGCCACCUCAUUAACGGCAAUGCACAGCAACAGUGGCAUUGGCGGCGGUGGCACCAACAACGCCUGUGCGCAUGCAACUAAUAAUGCCAAUAAUGCCAAACACAAUGGCGGCAAUGCCAACAACAACAACAAUUUGCCCACUACUAGCCAUCACCAACGACCCACUGCUUUGCCCAUCGUUUUCGAGGAGGACACCGGCGAAUUUCAGGAUGUUUUGGUGCUCGAGGAGGACGGCACCGCCAAAUUGCCAUAUCGGCACGGCAAGAUCGAGGUGCGAUUGGAGACGGCGCAGGCGAUGGCCGCAGCUGCUUAUUAUGCCAGAGCCGCACAAAAACUUGCACAAACACACAAUUCCAGCAAAAGUCGCACCGCCGAACUGCCAAAUGCCAGCGCACGAAAUGGUGGAUUUUGUGGAGCGCUACAGCGAGCGCCACCACCCAUGCCACCAGGGCUGGCGCGAAGGCUUGCGAACAAGGAAAACUACGGCAUCGGCAAGGUUAAGGUAAUGUUGCGUGUCUCGGACACA